CUGUCCCGCUGGGCCUGGCUCGCCGGGUUCUGUGACCGACGAUGGCCCACUAUGCAGCGGGCGGCGCGCCCCCCGCGGUACUCCCGAGGUCCCCCGGACUCAGCAGGAAGGGGGUGCCCAGGAAGGGUCCCGGGGAGCGGCGCAAGCUGAAGGCGGUGGUGUCGGAGCAGCUCAGCCGCGACGUGCUCAGGCUUUUAAGGGAAGAGAUUCACACGGACACUGUUCUUUCUGUCGGUGGCUCUCUGUUCAAAGUGCACAGGGCAGUCCUGCUAGCCAGAGCUCCUGGCUUUUAUUUCCACGUCAAUGGACAGACGCCAAGUGGCUUAACAAAUGAGCUUGUUCCUGUGGACAAUGUUGACGCUUCAGAACUGAGAGCAUUUUUACAGAUUGUAUAUUCGUCAAACAAAAGCAUAAAAAGUUAUGAAGAGGAAAUUCUCAAAAAAAUGAAAGUGGGAAGUGUCAUGCCAGAAAAGAAGCCCGACGUUGGCUUUCAGGAGUGUGGAAAUUUGUCUGAUUCUUUCCUUGGGAAGUGCGAAACUCAAGAGGAUUUUACUGGUGGAGGCGGCAGUUUUAUUUCCAGUGAUAACUAUGACCUGGAGCCUGCGUCUGAAUUAGGAGAAGAUUUAUUGAAACUGUAUGUGAAGCAGUGUUGUCCAGACAUUGGUAUCUGUGUUGAUGGACAGAGUUUCCGCGCUCACAGGGCCAUUUUAAGUGCCAGGUCCGGUUAUUUUGCUGCCAUGCUGAGUGGCUGCUGGGCUGAAAGCUCCCAAGAGUGUGUUACUCUUCAAGGCAUAACCCAGGGAGAAAUGAAUGUUGUGAUGCAUUUCAUGUAUGGGGGGACUUUGGACUUUCCGGACAAAACUAAUGUUGGUCAGAUACUGAACGUGGCUGACAUGUAUGGCCUGGAAGGAUUAAGAGAAGUAGCCAUCUACGUCUUGAGACGAGACUACUGUAACUUUUUUCAGAAGCCCGUUCCCAGAACAUUGGCAUCGGUUCUAGAAUGCCUAAUUAUUGCUCAUUCAGUUGGAGUGGAAAGUCUUUUUGCUGACUGCAUGAACUGGAUCAUAGACCAUUUUGCAAGGUUUUGGUCAGAAAGAAGCUUUGCAAAUGUUCCUCCUGAAAUUCAGAAAACUUGUCUCAACAUGCUGAUCCAGUCCUUAAAUCACAGGAAUGCUGCCUUCCUUCUGAUGGAGAGCGACCGGCUCUUGGUGGGCUUACCUAGAGUAAGGUGGACAGAGGCAGCGUUGUCCAUGGCGUCGCGGCUGCAGGAAGAGUGUGUGGCAUUUAUUGUAGAGAACUUCUCAAGCAUCAUCAAGAGUGAAAAUUUCACCCUGCUCCUACAGUCACAAGCCAUGAGCAGCACAGCUCAUCUGUUGGACAAAAUUUUUAAAGCAAUUGAAGACAAUAUCACCACUGAAAAUAGCUGCACCCUCCUUAUGAGCCUGGACGCGCUACUGAGUUCCGAAAGCACAAAGGAAAUGGGCUUUACGUGCAAGGUCCAAGCUGUGCGUGACAAGCUGUGGGCCUUCCUGGUUCAGUCUUUCUACGCUGUUCGUCACACGAAAGGCUGGCAGCAGAUGCACAUAGACGACCAGCAGAAAAUCCAGGCAGCUGCAUUUGACAAAGGUGAUGACCGAAGACUUGGCAGGAAGCCCGUGCUCACCAGCUCCCAGCAAAGGAGACAAGGCUCUGAUGCUGUUAUAAAAACAAAACCUCGGACAGAAGAUAAGAAAGUGUGUCGGACAUCUCUCUCUACUGCUCAGAAGAUGAAAUCUGAUGGGUUAGGAGCAUCUGGCUGUACGUCCAGCACGAACAGAAGUAGUGUAAACAAAGUGUUCAAGCACAGUGACAGCACAAAAACAUCCAGAGUUACAAAGGAGCUGAGAGCUGGGGGGAGAGCUGUUUCUGGCAAGUCUAAAACUGCAGCAAAGCCUCAGAUAGAGGACAAUGGUAACGCCAAGCCAGAAGAUCUCUCCAAUUCCGUGGGAAGACCAGCAAGAGUGGCAGCAACUGGACAGGAGGACUCAGUGCCUGGAAAAGGAAUAAAGAACCAAGAAGCGCAGACCACAGGGGCCAGGCCCAAGGUACUCACUGCAAACCUGAAUGUGCAAGCCAGAGCCAAGCCUUUGAAAACACGGACAGGAAAAGAUCCUUCACGCACCACCUCUGCAGGACCCUCUAGUAGAUCUACAAAUUCAAGUAUGGAGCUUUUGACUCCCACUGGAUAUGUGGAUGAGCCGAAAGAAAACGGAUCAGUGGGAGACAGGUCGUCUGAUGAGAAGCUGCACUUGAGUGACUCUCCAGGACAGGCAUUGAAUAAUGGAGUAGUGUCAACUGGAGCUGUAAAAUCUGGACCAGUUUCAAGAGUUCGCAGUGGAGUUUCCAAUAAAAGAAGCCUUCAUGAACAAGACUCUAACAAUAGCAGCAGCGUAACCAAAAAGGUGAGUGGCAAAGGACUUGCUGAUCCAGCACCGCAGGCAGCUCUGAAGAAAAGAGGGAACAGCAAUGGGUAUAUAGCAACUCAGCCGCGGACCAAGAGCGCCCCUCCCACCCUGGCUCAAAUUCAAGGCCCCCAUGGAGAAGCACCACACUCUGUAAAACCUCCAGUGUCUUCAAGACAGUCUGAUGAAAAUGUGGCAAGGCUGAGACACAGCACAGCUGCAGAUAGGCAAGUGCCUAAGAGAAAAGUUAUCAAGCAAGGACAUGGAACUUUGCAGAAGGUUAAUGCAAAAGUGGUACCAAUGCUUAAAAACCCAAGUCAGUCCAAGAAAGGUGGAACUUUGAACAAUAAAGGUUCAAAACAGAAAGUGCUUCCUGGAGAAGUUAUGCUGCAAACUCAAGCUCCUCAAAGACCUUCCAAAACUGAAGCAGCCCCCACCCAGAAAUGCGUGCUCCCCAGUGUGAGUGACAAGAGCCAUGUUUCUAAGCAGAGGCCUCACGGGUCCCUGAUUCACCUUGCUUCUGAGACCAGUGAUGCAGACACACCCCAGUCACUGUGCAGACCUCACCCACAAACGCCAUUGGACAGUCAAGACAAAAAGAAACCAGAGCUAGAAGGCCAGAAUAGACCAAAGAUGGAUGAGCCAAUGAAACACGAGCUGAUGUCAAGACUAGCUGGCGUAGGUCAGAGUAGCACAUCCACUUACCAAGAUGCGAGUCUUCUCAGUGCAAACUCGAAUUGUGGUGACAUCACUGCUCCGAAAUCCACAAUUUCAAAUCCAAAUGAAAACUCCAUAAACUCUAACCCAGUUUGUGGUUCAGGCUCAGCAAACGCAGAGCAACUCUGUGUACUGUCAGGUAGAGAGAAACAAAUAGGAAGGAAAGACACAGACACGAAACCAAGUGUGGAUUGUGUGACAGUGAAAGAAGGUCCGUGCGCUCCUGGAGAGGCAAAUGGUACCCUAGACUCUGUCCAAGACGGAAGGAAAGCAUCAGUUCAGAGCCUCCUACCCAGUGGCUCUACUCCAGUCAACUCAGCUGUUCCUUCCAGGUGUCUUUUGGGACAACCAUCAGAAAAAAAUUAUAAAAACAUGGAAACAUCAGAAACCCCAGAGAGCCAUGAAGCUCCGUUCGUGGGUCACUGGGGUCUGAGCAGCAGAGCCACACAGCAGAGAGAGAGCCCAGAAUCCGACAGUGGCAGCGCUACCACGUCCUCGGACGACAUAAAGCCCCGCUCCGAAGACUACGAUGCCGGAGGGUCUCAGGAUGACGAGGGCUCAAAUGACAGAGGUGUCUCCAAGUGUGGCACCAUGCUGUGCCCUGACUUCCUUGGGAGGAGCAGCAGUGACACCAGCACCCCCGAGGAACUGAAGGUGUACGACAGCAACCUGAGAACUGAAGUCAAAGUGAAAAGGCAGAGCGGGGGCGACCUUCUCCAGAUCAACUCAACCAGUGACGACGAGACGCCGAGGAAAAAGCCAGAAACGUGGUCUCGAUCCACAGUGAUCCAUCCCAGGGAAAAAGAAAGUAUUCCACGAGGCAGUAUCCCAUUUGCUCAGGAAAUGGACCAGGUUUCUUCAUCAGCAGAUGAAACAGAAGACGAAAGAUCCGAAGCGGAAAAUGUUGGGGAAAAUUCCUCUCUGUCCAACUCAGGUACUCAGCGCGUUCAGGGAAUAGUUAACUUAGCUUUCGAAGAUGGAACUGAACAUGAAAGUCACGACUUUUCUGCAACUAAAAGAUUUAGAAGGUCAGUGUUGCUCUCUGUAGAUGAGUGUGAAGAAGUGGGGUCUGAUGAAGGGGAAGUCCCCACGCCCUGCCAACCGCCUGUGGAUUCUCUUUCACCUUCUGAUGUUUUUGAUGGUGUUACUUAUGAGCGCCACGGAAGGACAGGCCACUCCAAAUUUUCUAAAGAAAGCGAAGAUACUUCUGCACAUUGUAAACACAAUGAUAAAGACAACAGUGCAUACAAAAAUGAAAGCAUCCUCCUGGGGCCUAGUAGCAAAGACUCUUCAAGAAAAGAUAAACAGAGUGUCUCAACAGACCACAGGAACGGGGUGGAUGUCCCAUCCAAAGGAAGCCAGCAGCCUUGUCCAGAAGAUGAAGAAACAAAUUACAGAAGUGAGGUGGCCAAUGACUUUCAGCACCACAACACAUUCCUGGAUGGUGACACGAAAUCUCAUGAACGACCGUGUCAUUUGGAGCUUCAUCAGAGAGAACUCAUCUCCAACAUACCAAAGAUCAGCUCAGCAAAAUCUCUAGACUCCCAUGCGAGCCAAGUCCUGCCUCAGGAAGGUCAAGUGAGAGAGAGCCAUUCCACAGCUCCCAAGAAAGCUAAUAACGCUGUGUUUUCAGGAGACAUAGAUGCUUGUGACACAUGGGCACAAACCUGCAUGUAUGACCACCGGCCUCCAAAAACCCUCUCUCCAGUGUGUGAGAUGGAGACCGCAGAAGCAUUUGAGCAGAGAGCGGAGUCAGAAGCCCGCGUCCUAGUCAGGGACUCUGAGGAUGACCGGCACUUUGCACAACAGGACUGGACUCUGCUGAAGCAGCUGCUCUCUGAACAGGACGCAGACUUCAAUGUCACAAGUUCUCUUCCUGAAGACCUAAGCUUAGCGCAGUAUUUAAUCAACCAGACACUCCUUUUAGCUCGAGACAGCUCAAAACCUCAGGGCUCAGCACACACCGACAGGUGGAACAGGGGGAGUGAACUGUCAUCCCCACUGGGCGACUCCUCGGCAGGGGACACCAUGGCGAGUGUUUCCUCCGAAGAUUGCUCGCCUCUAGGGGAGUGGACAAUCCUGGAACUGGAGACCCAGCACUAAGAGUUUCAGCACUCGGGGAAAGUUUAAACUAUGCCACCCUGUAUUUUUGAUGCCUACAUUAUAUUUAUAAUUUCAUUAGCCAGAAUUAACCUUCAAUUUAUUGAGGUAAAUAUAGCUUAUUUAUUAAUAGAUUAUUAAUAAUCUCAUGUCUCAUGUUAAAAAUGUUUUUUUCUAAAUUUUGAGCAUGUUUUUCAUAACUAUUAGAGAGAUUAGGAGACUUGUAGGAAAAUCUUUGCUCUACUUUUCUUUCCCAGCUGAUAAUUUAUUCAUUUAUUUAAGAAUUUCCAUGUCAGUACACAAGGAUAUCAACUCCUUACUUUUGAUUCUGCAUAUGAUACCAUAAUAAUUUAACAAUAAACUUACUGUGUGAGUGUGCAUUGUAUAAAAUUAAUCUGUGAAUG